AAUGUGUGCAUCCUUCCGGUCUUUCUAAUAUAUCGGGGAAAAUCGGAGACGACACGAGAGAUUCGUAAGAUUCAAAUAAUGUUGUCAAUGAUGAGUUCUGAAGAUUGUCGAGAAUCUGUCUGCGAAUGCAACAAGCGAAUGCAUUAUUGGAGCAAGCGACUUGACCUGAGAAGAAGUGGAUCAGAAGCACGGAUGCGUUACGAGUGCUCCACGAUUAAUACGAAUACUCGGCAGAUGCCUCGGCAUAUCUCAGAAGGCAACAACAUCUAAAAUUCUAUUUACCAUAUGCUAAUGAUCGCGCGAUCAGGCAGCAGCACGAAACAAGUUCUGACAGCUAUCGGUCGACCUUCUGGAGUAACAAUGACACGCGCGUCUCACGCGCGAGCAAACCCGCCGACGGGUAUCCGUGAAGCCGAGCAGUCGGUCGGACGGGAGCCCCGGCUCUACAUCUGAGGUACGAUUCGGCUACGAGGAUCCCCCCGAGCGAUCUAACCGGUCGUAAUGCACAGUCGAUCGUGCUCGGGGGGAGAGGAGAGAGGCGUGUAUCCGGUAGGUUUUUCCGACGAAAGGCGUUUCCGGAAACGGUAGAUUCCUUUUCGAGACAAUCAACGAUCUCGGAGCAACACGGAUGAUUGAAAUUCUCUCGAUCUUCGUAGGUGAUAACGAGUGAUUGGUAGUAACACGUACGACACGUUAUUACAUCAUCAAUAACUCGAUCAACGAGACACAAUCAGUGAGUCUAUUAACGAAGCGAUCGAGAGAUAACUACUUGUACAACUUUAAAGAGGAGAAAGGUAAAAAUAAUUAAUCUUGACGGCGCUAAUUAGUCGCAUUCCAAUCCUAUUAAAUCAAGAGAGACACGAUUGAGAUCGACAUCGACGGGCGGAAAGAGAACAAGAUAAUGCAGAAGAUAGCGGUGAUGGCCGCGGUGCAAAAGGCCCACGGCUAUCAUAACGGCAGCAACGCUUACGGGGAUGCGAGUAACGCCUCACCGGAGUAUAACGGCUCCUCGUCAACCAGCAAAAGCGGUCGCUUCGACGCGGAUCUGCACGGCAAUGUUAACAUCCUUCUUGGUGGCGCCAUGAUCAGCGGUGUGAUCAUGAUGGUGGUGCUCAUAUGCUAUUGCUGUCACAAAAACGUCCGGAAGCAUCGACCGCAGGAAUACUCGCAGUACUGGAGAGCCGAACCGGACAUUCAUAGUCUGGAAGUCUUCACCAUGGACACACACUGCAUCGAGAGAUCGGUAACAUCUCAGACCCAUCAGGAAGAGGGAAUGACCGUGGCUCUUCCGCCGUGUUCUGUGACCUCAGGCCCGCCACCGGCCUACGAGAGCCUCAUCUUCGACCCUCGGGCGCUGCCCUCGCCGACCGACAAGAAGGACGAGUCUGACGAUCCGAGCAAUAUUAUCUCACCCCCGAUAAGCAGCUUGCCCACCGAGUCGGAGGCCAACAGGAUCAACAAACGGGAGGAUAUCCCGAGGGACGAUCAGGGUUUACCUUCCUACGAAGCCGCCCUAAAAUUAGAAGCUGACGGCUACGUUUAAGAAACGAAUAAGGGUUCGCCGGAACUACUUCGAUCGCGGAUCUCCAAUCGUGAAAAUUUCCAGAGCUCUUAGAUAAAACACCAAGUCAUGGAUAUCAAGGAAAAAUUCCAUAAUCGACAAGGUGACUCAGUCGACUGUAGGCGAUCGGCUGUCGCCAGCUGAAAUUAAGUCUCGCGAAAGCAUCUGUGAGAGAAUGGCGCAAGGAGACUGAGAUUGAUUUUUAAUCGAGGAAAUGGAAGAAGAAAGAAGAGAUAGAUGACUGAGCAAAUUUUCCACGUAGAUUUGUGAAUCGGAGACAAGUUGCGAAAGAAAUUUCAAGCGCAAUUUUUAGAAAGGAACUAUUUUCAUCUGCGCGUGAAUCAAGACGCACGAAAGUAUAGAAUAAUUUUAAUCGAAGAGAUGUUAAGAAGAGAGGAGGAAAAAGUUUUAAAUAAGAUUUUUUUAGAGUUAAUGAAAAAAAAAAGACAUUGGGCGUUAUAUCAAGAAUAUUCUAAAAAUUUUGAAACAUUAUUCUCCUCUUGCCUUAUUGAAUGAUUCUAAUUCUUAACGAUAGGAUGGUAGAGCGAAAAACCACAAAAGAUAAAGUGCCUGAACAUACAUCCUUUUCCGAAACGUGUGUAAACGGAGGACAAGAUGAAAGAAAAGCGACGAAGUAAUUUUUCGAAAGUACGUUCUGUUUUUCUUUCUGUCUUGUCUAAAAGUAAAACAACACAUAAAAUCUUUGAGAGCGACUUUUCAUCAACAAGAUGUAAUAAGAAAAUUUUCAGAAGAUGUAAUACCUCGACUUUUCUAUUUUUCGAUAAUCUCUAUGAUUAAAUGUGUCGAUAAUAUUUUAAAUAUAGGAGAGAACGCGUCGUAGAAAUGUACAGAUACACAAGAUAUCGAUUUAUAGAAUGCGAAAUAUAUAUAUACAAUACAUAGAAUGCGCCGAAAUGUAGCAUAUGUUAAUGUCAGUAUACAUAAAAACGGUACGUUUGUAAGUCGCGGCCUCAGGCAAUGAACAGAAAGACCUAAUUUCGCAGAUAAUUACAUUUUAUAAAUGUUAAGAAGGAGAAUACUUAACGGCAUAUUUUUCCCGGUCGGUCAUUAGUUUAAGAGAGCAAGAGCGGACAUAGAAACGCAGCACCGUUAGAUUACAGUUUCCGUUUGAAUAAACAAUGCGCAUCGCUAUAACGUAAAUGAUACUUCGUGUAAUGCGCGCACGACAUCGCGGAAUUUAUGCGGUGUUUCGCUAGGAAAACGCUUCGAAACAUACCAUUUUACGUAGAACUUUCCUGUGUAUGAUAGAUGAAUAUGUAAACAAAUAGCUGUGCA